AUGGCUGCAAGAUCUCGUACAUGCGCAGUGGAGCAGGCCUGGAGGGAGCAGACAGUAUUGAAAGACCGCCUGAUCACCAGCAACACUGAAGCAUGGCAGAGUCACCCUGAAUUCUCUGGUCUGAAGCACAUUGGUGGGGUUGACCUAUCAUUCAUAAAAGGAGAUGACACCGUUGCAUGUGCCUCACUCAUAGUUCUGAAUUACCCAGAUCUGGAGGUCAUCUAUGAGGACUGUUGUAUGGUGACCCUUGAUGCCCCUUACAUAGCUGGAUAUCUAGCCUUUCGAGAGGUACCAGCCUUGGCAAAUGCAGUAAAACGGUUGCUGGAGAAGAACCCCAAUUUAAUGCCUCAGGUGCUUCUGGUGGAUGGUAAUGGAAUCCUGCAUCAUAGGGGUUUCGGAGUAGCAUGUCACCUUGGGAUCCUCACUGGCAUUCCUACCGUUGGUGUUGCAAAGAACUUGCUCCAAGUGGAUGGCCUAAGCAAUGAUGAUGCACAUAAAGAACAAGCAAGGCAGCUACAGAAUGGAGGAGACUUAUUUCAUCUAAAAGGAGACUCAGGCAAUAUUUUAGGAGCAGCUUUGAAGAGCUGUAGCAAAAGCUCCAAACCCAUCUAUAUCUCCGUUGGCUUCAAAAUAAGCCUGGAGACGGCUGUGCACUUGGUCCACACUUGCUGCAAAUACCGUGUGCCUGAACCAAUUAGACAGGCUGAUAUACGAUCAAGACAAUUCUGCGCUGGAAUUACCAGCAAACACAAGACUGAGCCUGCACAGCCCAAUGACUCCUCUUCUUAAGCUGUCACAAUGUUCUCCAGCUUUAUUUUGCCCUUUACUACAUCAUUACUAAUGCACUGUGUAAUUAGCCAAAAUAUGUGAUUAUCCAUAAUCCUGUUUACAUGGGGGAGACUAUUUUAUCUAGCCUGAUAUCCCCACCUGUUUUCCUGGUUUGCGCUGGUCUGUUCCAUGGAACGUUCUUGAUGAAAUCUGGCCACAGAAAGCAAGGCGAUAAAUGGGACAGGCUCCUGUGGAGUAAAGUGUCAGCUCUGCCACACUAUUGCACUAAUUCAGGCUGACAGUGUAAUUACAUUUGAAAGUCCCAGACCCAAUCAUGCAGCAUAUUUUGCUAAUUAGGACCUUGUUUGUGGGAGCCCCAUUUAAUCAAUGUAUCAAAAGCAUAAAAAAGGGGCGAGGAGUCCAAGGGAGGGACUAUAAUAAUUCAGAUAAGCAGAUGGGAAUUUAUUAACAUUUUAUACAUUUUUAAAAGGUGACACUUUUUAUUGCAAGAGAUUUGCACCCGUGGUAAGACACAUCAUUUAUAUGUAAUAUAUAUUUUAUAUAUUUGUUACUGAAAUACACGUAUCCUGCUAGAUCUU